AUGUUGUUGAAUCGGCUAUGUCAACAAACUUGCAUUGCUGUGCCCCUAAGCAAAGCUAGAUUGAGACAAAGCAGGAAAAGACAAACCAGCGAUGUCGUCACAGCAGCUGAGGUGGAGCAGGAGGUGCACUUGCGAAAAGCACAGCAAAGAAAGGCAGAGGCGGAUGAAGAGAGAUUGAAGGCAGAGGAAGAAGAAGGCAUUGAGGUGCUGAUCGAAGAAGAGCUUGGACAAAACCCAGAGAGCGGUGAAGGGUGGACGGAGUACAACUUUCAGGCAGCGCGACUCCCCAAGGAGACUUAUGCCCUUGGAAUUGUGGAGCUUGUACCAGAGUUGUACAGCUCUGGGAAGAGUUUUUGCCUGCUGGAGCCUGGUGCAGGUGAAAGAGUUGCAACUUCGCAGCGCUGCUGGAGGACGUUUGAACUGCUUCUCGUUGACCUUGCCUUGGGCUUAGGAGUGAUGCCCAGAGCAAUUGCCCAGAGUGCUGCCCACAAGGGAAGCGUGCAAACGAAGGAGCAAAACACCGGCAAGCUCUUCAUUUGGAAGAACGGAAUCAUUGCUCCCGAAGGCUUCGCGUGGCACGCCUGCAGCGCUGGCAACAGGGGAGUGGCAGCUGCGCUUCUCGAUCCAGGCCUUACGGAUGAACGGCGGCGUUUGAUCAAGGAUGAGAUGGGUGGCAGAGAAGGUGAUGACAACUUCAUUUCUAAGCGGCUGUGGAAGAAACACCUCAAAUCUUUGGUCAGCGGUUUGGGCCGAUCUUUCGAAGCCUUAGGGUUUCCUGGUGGAAAACGUCAUUUCAAGGCAACACUCUACCGCAAGCUGAAGGAGACUGGCGAUGAAGCGAUAGUUGCUGUGAGACAAACAGAGGAUGCUGCGGCUGCCAUUGCAGACCAAUUGCGAUCAACAGGUGCAUUAGCACAGGAGCCUGAAGCCAUGGAAGACAGAACCUUUGCUGGCGUUCCCAAGCCAUUCGACACGGUGAUGCUUUGCCCUGAUGCCAACGACAACUGGGGGCCCUUGAGAAACGGAGCCACAGGGGAAAUUGGGACGAUUGACAACUACGGAGAAGCGUUGGUCUACGUUCCAAGCCGAGCCGAGACAAACUAUGUCCACUGGUACUGUUUGCGGGACAUCAUGUUGGCUACGAAGGGUGGCAAAGAGGCCUUGAUGACCUUGGAGGAGUGGCAACAGAUGCCAUCAGUCCGUGCCAAUUAUGUCUCGCUUGAGCCGCCUGGACCACCUCCCAGUCCAAUUGUCCCAGGGAAUCAAUGGGCGGCUCGAGGGCGUCUUGAUGCUCGCAAUCUGCAGCUAGACUUGGAGGGUGAAGGUGGGCGAUCAGUGGCCUACGCAGACGCAAGCCUGGUCAUCGAGGAGGGUCAGGUGCCUGAACUACAAGGCACCUGGCGUGCAGAGGAUGGCUCCUACGGCACCUUUGAAGGGCUGAAGGUAUGCCGCGAGUCACGCAUUGGCGGAGUUUGGAGACUCGAGAUCCAGGCAGGAGGAGAUCCCAUCGAGCAUGCUUGGAAUGCAUGGCUCACAGCACACCCAGCCGAUAGCGAAGGAGACGCUCGAGCAUCUCACUUGUUAAGAAUCACUGGGGCUGCGCUUGCUGGACCAUUCUUGAGCGAAAAGGAAACUGUUGAGCGUCAUCCGACACUCAUGGGAGAAUUCAACUCGUUGACCAGGUCACUUCAUGUGGAAAUGUCUUCUGAAGGUGAGAAGUGGGAUGGACUGAUUUUGGAUGCAGAACUAGGAACAGAUGGCGCUCUACGCGGAGCCUGGCAGAGAGGAGAGCAGUCUGGACGCUGGAUUGCACGGCACAUUGGCAAAAAGAACACGCAAGGAACCUUCAAGCCUCAAGUGGAUGAAGGCGGCAAGUGGGACUCGAAGGCCUGCAUUGUGAAAACCAAUCUUCAGAUGAUCUCUACCCGGCCACAACCUGGAGACAAAGUGAAGCUCUCGAAGGCCUACAAACAAUUUGACGGGGAAGAUGGCUGCUUGAAGCCAGGUCAGAUUGGAACGCUCGUGGAAGAUGACCGCACAUCAUGCCCGUUUCUGGUUGAGGGGCCCAAUGGCUGCUCCCACUGGUACAAUGACGGUGCUCUUGUGGUUGUGAACAAAGAAGACAAAGAGCUUCUCACAUCACUUGGAGACAUGUUUGAAGGGGUGGCCUUGCUUCGCUUCCCCGUCUGUGAAGGACACUGGUACUGCGAAUUGGAGGUGAGCAAACUCGGAAAGUCCCAGCCAUGUGUUGGAUGGGGCUUGCAGAAGAAGGGCUCCCCGAAAAUCAUCCGAAUGAUGGCCAUCGGUGGAAAGAGUGCAGUCAAGUUGGAUUUGGGCAACUGA